AUGGAAAUUGAUCCAAUUAUACUUUUAAAAGAUAAAAUUAAUUUAAUAAAAAAAAAAAUUGAAAACGAAAAUGACCCAUCAAAGUUAAAUAGUUUAAAAUUGAAAUUAAAUAGUUGCACUGGCCAGUUAAUAUUUUAUGAAAAAUUAAAAUCAGAGAAUUUAGAACAAUCAAAACAAUUAGAAUCAAAAAAUUUAAAAUUAAAAACCUUAGAAUCAGAUAAUUUAAAAUUAGAAUCAGAACUUCAAGAUUAUCUUGAAAAUAAUCUACAAGUCAGUCAUUUAAUAAAAAAUGGUGAGGUUUCAUUUGUUCCACACACCACUUCCGAAACAGAUUCAAAACAUGGUGAGUGCACAACAAUCGAUGCAAGUUUUACUCUUUUAGAUAAUCCAUAUUGCGAUGAAAAUUUAUUUAAACAUACUACUUCAAAGGUAUGGUGGAACCAUAAAAAUAGAAACUAUACUGUAUCAAAUGAAGCACAAACUAUAUCAGUUUUUCAAGAUCUUUUACAAGAUAUCAUUUGUCUCUGUGGUUUCAGUGACUCUAUGGAUAUAAUAAUUGAACAUGGUAUUACCAACAUGGUUCCAGACUUUAUGCUCGUUUCAAAAAAUGAUGUUCCUAAAGGUGUAAUAGAAAUUAAAAGGGCACCAUCAAAAGAAUUAACAGAUAAGAAAGAUAGAAAAAUAAGUGGCCAAAUUUUCGACUACAUGUGUUUGCUUAAAUAUUUUCACAAUUUAAAACAAGUAAUUGGUAUAACAAGUACAUAUUUAGAAUCAGAGAUAUUGUGGUUACAAGAAGAUCCAUUGAUUAACGAAAAUAACAUUAACAACAUUAAAGAAAACAUUAGUAAAAACAAAUCAAAAAUCAACCCACAAUCUGUACCAACCAAAUUAUCAAAAACUUUUGUUCCCAAAUUAAGAAAUAGUAAAAAAACUUCAAGAUCACCAUCUGGUUUAGUUACAAAUAGAAUUGAUAGAAAGGUUUAUAAAUCUCAAGUCAUUGCGCAGAAUGACCCAGACUAUGUCAAAACAUUAUGUUCAGUUGUCCAAAGAAUGUACUAUUCAGAAACAAAUCCUGAAGAAGGUUCAAAUUCAAGACAUUAUAUUCAAAUCAAUUCCACUUCAUGGUUUUGGGUAAAACUUGAACAAGAAAUCAUUCCAAAUUAUUCACAACUUCUCGAUAUCGAUACUGAAAAUCCACCAGAUUUAGAAAAUCCACUCUUACUCGAAGAUUUAGGAUCAGGAGGUGAUGGAAAAUGUUGGCUUGCCUUUAAUCUUGAUUCAGAUGUUUUCGUUAUAAAGUUUUUCAAAGAUGAAACCAACGCAGAAAUUGAGAAAUUUUUUUGGAAAGAGAUAUGGGGUAUUAAUACACAUGUUACUGUUUUAAAUAAAAAGAGAUCAUUGAUAAUUCCAUAUUUUAAAAUCUUAACAGAUGAGGACUGGAAUGAUGAUAGAGUGUUCAAGUUAGUUAAAGAAUCUUGUAAAAUUUUCUCACAAAAAGGUUAUUUUCAUAAAGAUUUAUCUCAGAGACAUGUUGCCAAAUAUACAGAAUCUGAUAAAAUUAAGAUAGUAUUCAUAGAUUUAUGA